GAAUCCAUCCGCCAUUGAAAAUGGUGUUCCGCAACACGACAUUAGCGUCAGUCGACUUAGAAAGACAAGCUCCCAAAACCAGCAAAUUACCCACCCACCACCAUCUCAGACCCUCCUUCGCGAAAGCGAUGUUUGCUCUUCUGUGUUUCUUCCUUCUGGGCUGCGCUAGAUUCGCGAAGCCCGCAGAUCUCGGCAACGGCGGCGCCGCCCCGUAUUUCUCGCAGCCCAGCAGCGUUUUCCUGCUGGCGGGGCAGAGCAACAUGGCGGGUCGGGGCGGGGUGGUGAACGACGUGUGGGACGGGCACGUGCCGACCGAGUGCCGAGCGAGCGGGUCGGUGCUGCGGCUCAGCCCGGGGAUGAUUUGGGAGGCGGCGAAGGAGCCGAUCCACUUGGGGAUUGAUGUGAACAAGACGGUGGGGAUUGGGCCGGGGAUGGCGUUUGCGAAUGCGGUGUUGAGGAAGGAUUCCGGGCUCGGGGUGAUCGGGCUGGUGCCCUGCGCGGCCGGGGGGACGAAUAUUAGUGAGUGGGGCCGCGGCGGGCACCUCUACACGCGGCUGAUUCGGCGGGGCGAGGCGGCGGCGCGCGGCGGGGCGACGAUUCAGGCGAUGCUUUGGUACCAGGGAGAGAGUGACACUGUGAAUCUUGAGGAUGCUAAGAAGUAUAGAACUCGAUUGCGGAGAUUCUUUAAUCAUGUCCGCUCUGAUCUGGAAUUGCCCACUCUUCCCAUCAUUCAGGUGGCUUUGGCAACACAACAAGGACCAUACAUAGAUGAAGUGAGGGAGGCUCAGUUUCGAGUGGAUCUUCCCAAUGUGAAAACUAUCGACGCCAAAGGGCUGCAGGCAGGCCCCGAUUAUCUGCACCUCACCACCGCAUCUCAGGUCCAGCUUGGGCAGAUGUUAGCCGAAGCCUUCCUGGAGAGAAUGCCUCUCCGCCUCCAAACUAGCAGCGCCUCGAGGAGACACCCCAGUUUUGUUUCCGGUUUUCUUUGCAGGCCAUUUAGGUGACUAAAAAGUUAUCUGUCACAACAAAAAAACUCAAACUUUUGUCUUGGGGAAUUGGGUGUUUUCCCUUUUGUUGUAUAAUUCUUUCCCCCUUGGCAUCCCACUUACAGUACUGGAUAAGGAAGCAUAUUAAUCACAAAUUACCACAAAUUUUCUUGAUUCA